AUGACAUCCCGCCUGGUCCUGGUCAUUGGUGACCUGUUUAUUCCUGAUAGAGCUCCGUUCCGGAAGCUCUUAACACCGGGGAAGAUCGGUCAGAUCCUAUGUCUAGGCAACCUUACCGAUAGGGAAACCUUUGAGUUUCUGCGCCAGGUUGCCCCCGACUUACAAUUGGUCAAAGGCGAUUUCGAUGUCGAUUCUCCCAACCUGCCCCUCUCCAAGGUGGUGACUCACGGUAGCCUCCGCAUUGGCUUUACUCAUGGCCAUACCAUCAUUCCGCCGGGCGAUGCCGAUGCCCUCCUGAUUGCAGCCCGCCAAAUGGACGUAGAUAUCUUGCUGUGGGGAGGCACACAUCGUUUCGAAGCCUUUGAGAUGGAAGGCAGGUUCUUUGUGAAUCCUGGAAGUGCCACCGGUGCUAUGAGCACUGGUUAUUGGCCAGAAGGCGAAGAACCCGUACCCAGUUUCUGUUUGAUGGAUAUCCAAGGAGACGUAUUGGUGUUGUAUGUUUACCAGCUGAAGACGGAUGCGAACGGAGUCGAGACUGUUGCGGUCGAGAAGGUUUCAUUCCGCAAGAACAAUAUCCCAUCCUCAUGA